AUUUUUUAAGGACACAUCAGUGACAUGGCUGUGGUUGCUCAGCUUUGGUGGGACAUUAAGCUGGGGUGUGCGCUUGAUGGGCACGUGACCGGCAUGACUGACACCCAGGCAAUUGUGGUUUUGAUGGUCCCGAUGUUGAGACCCCACUUUGCAGAUGGAAUGGCAGCUUCUUUAUAGCUGGCUUCGUAAGGCCCUUCCCAUGUCUUGUUUGUCACGCCUUCCUCGGGACACCCCAGCCCUGUUCUUGCGGGAGGCUGUUCUCAUCCGUGCCUCCUUGGCCCAGACUGCUGAGAGAGGUCUGGGAAACUUCAGAACAGAGGCUCAUUCCUUCCACCUUUGACCAAAGAAACAAGAGAGAGAGAAAUUAGACUGGGUGUGGAAAGUCAUGAUGGGGCUCUUAUAAACACAAGGUCUUGGGUCCUGAGGCUGCUGGCAGACUAUGGGUACAACAGCCAGCACAGCCCAGCAGACGGUCUCAGCGGGUGCCCCCUUCGAGGGCUUCCAGGGCAGCGGCACGAUGGACGGGCGGCACUCACUCGGUGUCCACUCCUUCCAGACCAUGAGCUUGCACAACAGUAAGGCCAAGUCCAUCAUCCCCAACAAGGUGGCCCCCGUCGUGAUCACGUACAACUGCAGGGAGGAGUUCCAAAUCCACGACGAGCCGCUCAAGGCCCAUUACACCCUGGGCCGGCUCUCGGACACCACCCCCGAGCACUACCUGGUGCAGGGCCGCUAUUUCCUGGUGCAGGAUGUUGCUGAGAAGAUGGAUGUGCUGGGCACCGUGCGGAGCUGUGGGGCCCCCAACUUCCGGCAGGUGCGGGGUGGACUCACCGUGUUCGGCAUGGGACAGCCCAGCCUCUCAGGGUUUAGGCGGGUCCUCCAGAAACUUCAGAAGGAUGGACAUAGGGAGUGCGUCAUCUUCUGUGUGCGGGAGGAGCCCGUGCUGUUUCUGCGUGAUGGGGAAGACUUCAUGCCCUACACACCUCGAGAGAAGCAGAACCUUCAGGAGAACCUCCAGGGUCUCGGACCCGGGGUCCAGGCAGAGAGCUUGGAGCUGGCCAUCCGGAAAGAGAUCCGAGACUUUGCCCAACUGAGCGAGAACACGUACCACGUGUACCACAACACCGAGGACCUGCGGGAGGAGCCCCACGCCGUGGCCAUCUGGGGCGAGGACGACGUGCAUGUGACCCAGGAGGUGUACAGGCGGCCCCUUUUCCUGCAGCCCACCUACAGGUACCACCGCCUGCCCCUGCCAGAGCAUGGGGCCCCCCUGGAAGCCCAGUUUGAUGCCUUUGUCAGUGUCCUCCGGGAGACCCCCAGCCUGCUGCUGCUCCGCGAUGCCCAUGGGCCUCCCCCUGCUCUCCUCUUCAGCUGCCAGACGGGCGUGGGCAGGACCAACCUGGGCAUGGUCCUGGGUACCCUCAUCCUGUUUCACCACAGUGGGACUGCCUCAAGGCCGGAGGCUGUCCCCUUGCAGACCAAGCCACUCCCCAUGGAGCAGCUCCAGGUGAUCCAGAGCUUUCUCCACACGGUGCCACAGGGAAGGAGGGUGGUGGAGGAGGUGGACAGGGCCAUCACCGCCUGCGCAGAGUUGCACGACCUGAAGGAAGAAGUCUUGGAAAACCAGAGGAAGCUGGAAGGCAUCCGGCCGGAGAGCCCGGCCCAGGGAAGUGGCAGCCAGCACAGUGUCCGGCAGAGGGCGCUGCGGAGCCUGGAGCGAUACUUCUACCUGAUCCUGUUUAACUACUAUCUCCAUGAGCAGUACCCGCUGGCCUUUGCCCUCAGUUUCAGCCGCUGGCUGUGUGCCCACCCCGAGCUGUACCGCCUGCCCGUGACACUGACCUCAGCGGGGCCUGUGGUCCCCGGGGACCUCAUCACCAAGGGCUCCCUGGGGGCCGAUGAUCUUGUCUCCCCGGAUGCACUCAGCACCGUCAGAGAGAUGGAUGUGGCCAACUUUCGGCGGGUGCCUCGGAUGCCCAUCUAUGGCACGGCCCAGCCCAGCGCCAAGGCCCUGGGGAGUAUCCUGGCCUACCUGACCGACACCAAGAGGAAGCUGCGGCAGGUCGUGUGGGUCAACCUGAGGGAGGAGGCCGUGCUGGAGUGUGACGGCCACACCCACAGCCUGCGGUGGCCUGGGCCCCCCAUGGCCCUUGACCAGCUGGAGAGCCUGGAGACCCAGCUGAAGGCCCACCUGAGCACGCCGCCGCCCACCGUGGAGGGCCCACGGGCCCCCCGGUUCCAGACGUGCCUCACCAUGCAGGAGGUCUUCAGCCAGCACCGCGGGGCCUGCCCCAGCCUCACCUACCACCGCAUACCUGUGCCAGACUUCUGCGCCCCCUGCGAGGAGGAUUUUGACCGGCUGCUGGAGGCCCUGCGGGCUGCCCUCGCCAAGGACACGGGCACUGGCUUUGUGUUCAGCUGCCUCAGCGGCCAGGGCCGGACCACGACUGCCAUGGUGGUGGCUGUGCUCACCUUCUGGGCCAUCCAAGGCUUCCCCGAGAUGGGCGAGGAGGAGCUCGUGAGCGUACCUGAUGCCAAGUUCACCAAGGGCGAGUUUGAGGUGGUGAUGAAAGUAGUGCAGCUGCUGCCUGAUGGGCACCGUGUGAAGAAGGAGGUGGACGCGGCCCUGGACACGGUCAGUGAGACCAUGACGCCCAUGCACUACCACCUGCGGGAAAUCAUCAUCUGCACCUACCGCCAGGCUAAGGCAGCCAAGUCGGAGCAGGAGGCCCGGAGGCUGCAGCUGCGGAGCCUGCAGUACCUGGAGCGCUACGUCUACCUGGUGCUCUUCAACGCUUACCUCCACCUGGAGAAGGCCGGUUCCUGGCAGCGGCCCUUCAGCGCCUGGAUGCGGGAGGUGGCAUCCAGGGCCGGAGUCUACGAGAUCCUCAACCAGCUGGGCUUCCCAGAGCUCGAGAGCGUGGAGGACCAGCCCUUCUCGAGGCUGCGCUGGCGGUGGCAGGAGCAGGGCCACAGCCCCGAGCCCUCCGCUGCUGGGGACUUCCUGUAGGACGUGCUCCCCCGGCCCCUGCGCCUGCCCCCUCCCGCAGGGCCCCACGCAGGCUGGAAGCGUGAGAGGUGCUCUUCACUGGGAGUGGCCCUGAGGCCGUGAUUCCCCAGCUUCCCAGAGAGACUGGGGUGGGGUUGGGACCCGUUUUGAAAGAGUUUUUUAUAGGACAAUUAGCACACAGUUAUACCUUGUAACGGCAGGCGUGUGGACAGCCCUCCAGCGAGGCCCACUGUGCGCCUUGCAGAUGGGCGGUGUCAGUCCUCUAAGGAGCUCACUCCCCAAGGUGCGAAACCAAGCUACUGGCCACUUCCGUACAGAGCAGCUCUGACAGUCCCUGGCGCCCAGCGGGCCGGCCAGUGCUGGUUUCCUUCUCUUUCUUUCCCUGGCUACAGCUGUCCUGCUUGGCGUCUCCCCUUUUGCUGUCUGAGCGCUCCAGGGCUGGGCCCCUCGCUCUCUGGGGAGUGGAUGGCGCUCCGGGUGGAUUUGUUACUUUAAAGGCAGCUUUACCCAGUUUUCUUGCCUCUGGUACCCCAUCUCCAACCUGGAGACUUCAGGAAGGACAGCCACGUGGUGCGGUGGGUCCGCCGAGGCCUCUGCCUCUCUCUGCUUCCCCUCCCCUGGGGCUGGCAGGACUGCAGGUUUCCAGGACUGGAAACAUCAGCGAGUCUCUCUCAGGGGAGGAGAGAGCUUCCAGAAGAUGGAUGCAGCCCUGUGGAACAGGCCUGCUCCCUUUCCCCGGAGCUUGGGCAGGAAGUUCUGAGGAGGCCAGAGCCCCCUGCUGCAGGUCCCUCUGCUCAUGCUCCCUGCCCCACCAGCGGAGGAUGGCCCCAGACCCCUACCUGCUGCAGCAGGAGCCCCCAGGACUGUGGGCACCCCGAGUGAAUCAGGGAGUGUGUGACAGUGGGCUAAGGAUGGCGCAAGGCGUCACGUGGAUCCCAGGCCAUCCUCGAGGAGCACCGUUGAGCUGCCUUCCAGUGGGAGCUGAAGGGAACAAGUGCUCUGCGUUAGCGGCCGGGAUCAGCUCCGUCCAGACAGCGGGAAGGCUGCUCAGAGAGGCAGGCGGUGUGGAUUCAGUCUUGCAGCUCUGCCUCUGGGGACUGGUGUCUGCUGGAACUGGGGGCUGAGCAAUGCAGAGGUGUCCACCUGGCCUGGCUUGUCAGGGCCAGGGAGGCCUUUCUGGAUGGGCGCGCGCACUUCUACAGAGAAAUGGGCUGGCGUGUCUCCGGGCGUGAUAUUGGAAAAGGGGAGGAGAGGCCGAAGUUGUUCACAUCUACCUAGUAUUGGAAAAUAUUUGACCAUCUUGGAUGAAUUCUUUUGCAAAACUACUGUAUAUCUGUUCACUACCUUCUCAGAUUUGUUGUUUUUGUUUUUAUUUUUGCAUGUAUUAAAAAGUUUUAAUUUCUUUGCAGACAAGGUCUAGAUGAGGGAUCAGAGAUCAGGGCUGAACUGGGAGGGCUCCUUCGUGUUCUUACGGUUGGCCCUGACUUUCAGCUGUGCUGCAACCACUGGCCGGUCACUUCACCUCUCUGCCUCAGUUUCCCCAUCUGUAAAAUGGGAGAAUAAUACUUGCUUACCUACCUCACCGGGGUGUUGUGAGGAUUCAUUCGUGAUUUUUUUUUUUUUUUUGUACAGAGCUUUUGAGCAUUAAAAAUGGCUAAAUGUG